UUUCGGUGUGGGCGGGGCAGGAGAGAGAUUAGCCACGCCCCGCCGCGCGCUGAUUGGUUUCCAAAUUUCGCGGACUUCGACACGAGGAAACCUAAAAGAAAGUUUUCACAUAAAGCAACUUGGGGCGAACCAUUAACCACAUUUGUAAAGAGAUCAUAAAGUAUGGCACAGAUCAACGGCCAUCACAAUAAAACAUGGGAAUCUCAUAACAAGAUGAUGCUGGAACCUCUGAGCACAAAUGAUCCAGAGGUAUUUAACAUAAUAAAGAAGGAAAAGAAGCGACAGACGUAUGGAUUAGAGCUCAUCGCCUCUGAGAACUUCACUAGUCGGGCUGUUUUGGAGGCUCUGGGUUCCUGCAUGAACAACAAGUACUCUGAAGGCUAUCCUGGUCAGAGGUAUUACGGAGGCACGGAGCAUGUCGAUGAAUUGGAGCGCUUGUGUCAGGAACGAGCUCUCAAGGUGUACGGCCUCGACCCGGAGAAAUGGGGAGUGAAUGUUCAGCCGUACUCUGGGUCACCUGCGAACUUUGCCAUAUACACAGCCAUAGUGGAACCUCAUGGGCGCAUCAUGGGCCUUGAUCUUCCUGAUGGUGGCCAUCUCACCCACGGCUUCAUGACUGACAAAAAGAAAAUCUCAGCCACUUCCAUUUUCUUUGAGUCCAUGCCGUAUAAGGUCAAUCCAGAAACUGGAUACAUCGAUUAUGACAGACUUGAGGAAAAUGCUCGUCUUUUCCACCCAAGACUUAUCAUUGCAGGCACCAGCUGUUAUUCCCGUAACCUGGACUACAGUCGCCUGAGGAAGAUUGCAGAUGAGAACGGAGCGUAUCUUCUGGCAGACAUGGCUCACAUCAGUGGUUUAGUCGCAGCAGGAGUCGUGCCGUCUCCGUUUGAAUACAGCGAUGUUGUUUCCACCACCACCCACAAGACCCUGAGGGGCUGCAGGGCAGGAGUCAUUUUCUUCAGGAAGGGGGUUCGUAGUGUUGAUGCAAAGACAGGCAAGGAGACCCUGUAUAACCUGGAGAGUCUGAUCAACCAGGCAGUGUUUCCUGGACUGCAGGGCGGCCCUCACAACCAUGCCAUUGCAGGGGUUGCUGUUGCUUUAAAGCAGGCUCUGACUUCAGAGUUCAAGACUUAUCAGUUGCAAGUUCUAGCAAACUGCAGGGCUUUAGCAGCCACCCUAAUGGAAAAGGGCUACAAAGUUGUUACAGGUGGCUCAGAUAAUCAUCUCAUCUUGGUUGAUCUUCGUUCAAAUGGAACUGAUGGAGGAAGAGCAGAGAAAGUCCUGGAGGCUUGUGCCAUUGCCUGCAACAAGAACACCUGCCCAGGUGAUAAAAGUGCCUUGCGCCCCAGCGGCCUUCGUUUAGGGUCUCCUGCUCUUACAUCUCGAGGACUUUUGGAGGAUGAUUUCCGUAAGGUCGCCGAGUUCAUUCACCAGGGCAUUGAGUUGACACUGGAGAUCCAAAGAAACAUGAACCCUAAAGCGACUUUGAAGGAGUUUAAGGAUGAACUGGCUCGAAAUGAGAAGUACCAACUGAAAAUAAAGGAAAUUCGAAAGGAAGUCGAAGACUUUGCUGGAAAGUUCCCAAUGCCUGGGCUGCCAGAGUUAUAAUUGCGGUCUUUCCGACUAUUUGCUAAGAUUUGUUGAUUUAAUGGCCACAAAGGCCUGAAUAACACUCUGCAAUCAUCAUGCACCUCAAUGUGAUGACUUCCCUUUCAUAUAAAUCACCAAAUGAUCCGUUUUUGACUAUACAUUUCAUGGGUUUCUCUAGUGUGUUCUAGUCACGUUUUCUCUCACUUCUGGGGUUACACCCAUUGCAGAAUAAGCUGAAGUAAUCUAUGAAAAGUCUUACUGUACACUUAAAACAGAUCAACAGAAGAAAAUAACCAACUGGUGCAAUGAAGCUGUAUAUGCAGUGCAAAUAAAGCCUCAAAUAUUGUAAACGUGAA